UCCCAGAAAUAGAAUAGUUCUAACAGAAUGCAAUUUAAAGGGUAUUUCAAAACAUGCACAUUCUGUGCUGAGAAUGUUUGUGUCCCUUAGCAACCAAACCAUCCUUGGAUCCUUGAUAGGUGCAAUCUCACUGCAGAAACAGAGAGCUGCAGUCUAGAGCCAGCUGGAACCUGUACAGAAGCUCCAUCCAAUGACACUUCAUAAGAGUGGGUAUGUGUGGUACAUCGGCUACUUCUCGGCCCUUACGGUGUGUGUGUUGGUGCUGACUGUGUCAUGCGUGUUAGUGCACCGCUUCAGAGACAAGCAGAGAGAACAACACACACACUCCUGGGUGGCUGCCGUCGAACAGGGCGCCGUUACCCAGCAUCCUCUACUGCACUGGAUAGAUGUCAACCGUCACUUGUCUCUGUCUGUCAUUGUCAAGGGAGAUGCCAGAGGGAAACAGGAGGAAGAAAGAGAAGAGGGGGAAGAGGGAAAGAAAGAGGAAGGUAGCGAUAAAGACAGAGGACAAAGAAGAGUAAAAAGAGAGAGGAGUGAGGAGGAGGUGGAGGUGGAGGAGGAGAAAGACGUGAGUGAGAUGGAGAAAGGUAGCAAUAGAGACAAAGGAGAGGGAAGAAUGGACAGAGAGAGGGAAGAGGACGGUGGUGUUGAGGUGAUUGGUAGAACAAAGCAAAACAACGGAGGAGAAGAAAGUGAUGGAGAGAGAAGAGAGGGAUGUUAGGGAAGAGGAAGAAGAGAAACAGGAGGAGGUGACUAAGUCAUCAUGAUACGGAGAACCUGUGACCAAAA